AUGCCCUGUAGAUUGCUGGAAAUGCUAAUCCAGGUGGUAUUUGACUCCAUGCACGAGAGGCUGCGUACACAUGCUGAAUCGGUUGCUUCCUUUGGAGGUGGUGCUCGAGAAAAAGCGAUGAUUGAGUCAAGAUUUAAUGAGCUUCUUGCUCAUGCUAAAAUACUUCUGAGGAAGAAAUGGCUAUUUGGAGUACUGGAUGACUUUGUCACCAAACAACUACCCCACAAUGUUACUUGGGGAUUGAGCUUGUUAUAUGAUAUGGAGCACAAAGUUGAUCGUUCAUUGACUUCCACUCAAGGUGAGCUUGCACAAGCAUUGCGGUUUUUGGCAUCAGUUGUAUCUCAAAGCUUCUUGGCCUUUGGUGACAUCUUGGAGCUGCAUAGAAAGUUCAUCGAACUGUCUAGUGGUGUUCAUUGGAUUUUUGAACUUGAGGAACUUCUUGAUGCUACACCAUCUGGAUAG